AUGCGCCUCUACUCCGACAUCGGCGCGACCGGCUGGCCUCUUCACCGACCCGGCGGCCCCGCGAGACAGGCGGCCCCUAAGCCGUCGGCCGUGCAUCUGCCCACCCGUCGCCCCGACCCGGCGGCCUCGCGCGACAGGCGGCCCCUCACGGUCGUCGUCCGCGCGUCGGCCCGCUCGUCGACCUACGUCGGCCGUCACCGCCUUGUCCCUGAGUUCAGCGCGCCCCUCCACCGAUCGAGCAACGGGCUGCCGCUGCGUCGCCCCAUCGGGCCGCAGCGCCGCCGCCCUAUGGUUCUCCCCGUGGCUGCACCGAUCCGCGCCGCUGCUACAUCGCCCCUUCGGGUCGUAGCGUCGCGGCACAUGGUCCCCGCCGCCGUCCUGAGGCUAUUCCCGUGGUUGCACAACAUCGCGCGCUGCCGCUAUCGGAUCGGGAUCGAACUCGCCGCGCCAACCGCCGCCCCGCGCGAGGACGUCACCGGCCGGAGCCUGUGCCACCUCGCCGGCCUGCCUCUUCCUCCUCGCCGGCCUGCACCUCGUCACCGCGUCGCCGUCCUCUCCGUCUCCUCCUCGCCCCCCGUUGCCACGUUCCCUGCAAUCCGCGGUGAGGACCGCGACCGCCCCGCGGUCACCGCGCUCCGCCCGACCGCGCCGUCCACCCGCUGGAGCUCCCCGUCGUGCUGCUCGCUCGCGUCGACCGCCGCUGCUUUCUUCCCUUGCUGCUGCCCGCGCUUUCCAGCACUCGCGCGCGAGGCCUCGACCCGGCCAACCGCCGCUGGCGCCCGCGGCCACUGCCCCUUUGCCGCGCCCGCCGCGCCGUUGCACCCUCCCCGCACGGCACAUCGCGCCCCGGCUCACCGCGCUGCGGCUGCUGCUUCUCCUGCCGCCGAUGCGCCCCGCUGCCACUGCCGCUGGCUUGCUGCUCUGGCGGCGCCUGACCGCACCUGCUGGCUCGCGCCGCGUCCGCUGCACGCCGCAAACACCUCCCGCUGGCAGCCCUUGACAUGCGCGCGUUAG